CGGCAGCGUAGCUCACACCUUCCCUGUUCCGCGCAGUGACAGCUGAGCUUCCCCUUCCGGCAGCUGCUGCGGAGGCGACCGCGGCCUUUCUUCUGCGCGUAUCUGCCGACUAUCAUUUUUUCUUCUUUCCGCGGUCGCUCCCUGCUGGCCUGCAGUGCUGACCAUGGGAGCUGGAAGCGCUUGGCAUCUCCUGCUCCUCUGUGCGGCGGUUGUUGUACUUGGUCAGACUUUGGAUACAGAUGUUGUAGAAGAGUUAGAUGAAUCAUUUAAAGACAAUCGGAAAAAUAGCAUUUGGCUUGUAGAUGUCAGGGGAUAAGUUUAAAUCUUAUGGCAUGGAAGGGCUUCGGACAAUUUAUUAUGGCUCUUCAACAGGUGGACCUGGCCCAGACCCCAGCCAGCUGGUGGCAGAAAAGUUCUAUGCGCCAUGGUGUGCACACUGCAGAAGAUUGGAACCAGUUUGGAAUGAAGUUGGUUUAGAGAUGAAAAGGCUUCGGUCUCCAGUUAAAGUUGGAAAAAUGGAUGCUACUUCCUAUACUAGCAUUGCUUCAGAAUUUGGAGUUAGAGGAUAUCCAACGAUUAAGCUAUUAAAAAAUGACCUGGCAUAUAACUACCGAGGGCCUAGAACUAGAGAUGAUAUCAUUGAGUUUGCUCAUAGAGUAUCUGGGGCACUAAUCCGUCCACUUCCAAGUCAACAGAUGUUUGAACAUGUAAAGAAGAGGCAUCGUGUACUGUUUCUUUAUGUUGGAGGAGAGUCACCUUUAAAGGAGAAAUACAUAGAAGUAGCUUCAGAAUUAAUUGUUUAUACCUACUUCUUUUCGGCCUCAGAAGAAGUUAUACCUAAGUAUGUAACCCUGAAUGAGAUGCCUGCUGUGCUUGUUUUUAAAGAUGAAACUUACUUUGUAUAUGAUGAAUAUGAAGAUGGAGAUCUUAAAUCAUGGGUCAACAGAGAGAGAUUUCAGAAUUAUCUUACUGUGGAUGGCUUCACCCUCUAUGAACUAACAGACACAGGAAAACUUAUUGUCAUAGCAGUUAUUGAUGGGAAAAAUGGAACAAUUGAGCAUACCAGAUUAAAGGAAGUUAUUCAGGAAAUAGCUAAAGAUUAUAGAGAUCGUUUUCGCAGGAGAGAUUUUCAAUUUGGACACAUAGAUGGAAGUGACUAUGUAAACAACCUGCUCAUGGAUGAAUUGAGUAUUCCCACUGUAGUUGCAAUAAAUACUUCAAACCAUCAAUAUUUUCUGCCAACUAGACAUAUUGAGAGUACUGAGGAUGUGAUGCAAUUCAUCAGUGAUAUUUUGGAUGGCACAAUAGAAGCUCGAGGUGGUGAUGGAAUUUUGCAAAGAUUGAAAAGAAUAUGUUAUGAUGUCAGGACUACUGUUGUGUCUGUAUUUAGAAGCUCACCAUUUUUGGGUUGUUUUCUCUUUGGCCUGCCACUGGGUGUCAUCAGCAUCAUGUGUUAUGGAAUCUACACUGCUGACACAGAUGGAGCUUAUACAGAAGAGCGAAUUGAAGUUUCUAAAAGGGAAACUGAAAGUAUAGAUACAAGAGAAGAAAGCAAUGAGGAGGAAAAAAAGGAAGAAAACAGUGAGAAUUCUCUAGUACUUUCAGAUGCAGAGCAAGAACCCAAAGAUAUAUUGGAAAAGAAAAAUGACUGAAUCUUCUAUGAUUUAGGUUAUUUGAUAGGAUUUCUAAUUAAAAACAAAAACAAAACAACAACGUUAUUUAUUGAAUUUAGCCAUUUAAUCAUGAUCUUUGCUGAGGAAAACAUCUGAUGUAUUUUGCUUGUAUAGAUUCCAUGGACUAAAAAAUCUUCCCAUAUUUUUGGGAAAAGGUGGGUCAUGUGGAUUUUAAAAUGUUCUUUUUUUUUUUUUUAAGAAGUUUUCAAAGUUUACUAUUGAUAAACAGCAUAAUAAGAAAUUAAAUCAAUUUGUAUAUUCCUUUAUCUGUAUAUUAUCUAACAAAGUUGAGGUUCUGGGGCAGAAUAUUUCCAUCUGUCAAUAAGAUAGAAGAUCUGUUUUCAUUUAGAACAAUAAUAACACUCCCAAUUACAUUUUUGAAAAAAUUAAAAGUAGGUGUUUAUCCUGGCCAUUUCAAAGACAGGCACUUUGAAUGUGUUAAGACUUGUAAUGAUUUCUCCGACAUAUAACAAUUCAUAUUAUUCAGAUUUUGGUAGAUAAAAAGAAUUUGACCUUAUGUAGCAUAGCAGUUUUAUUUCAGUGAUUGAAAGGAGAAUAAAUUUUUCGUUUACAUUCUCAUGAAACUUAUGUAUAGAUCACCCCAAAUCCCAAAUCAGCAAUGGUAUGCUUGUUUCUAUGUCUUAAGUGAAAUUAUUUAAAGAAAUAUUUUUAAACCAGUCAAAAUUGUUAGAUUUGCAGUUAAUCCACAGAAAUACACACUUUUAUUGCAUAGGCUUUAUUUAGGUAACGUUGCUUUUAAAAGUUGUUGGCAUAAAUUUAUUAAGACAAGUUAUGUAACAUGUUAUAAAACAAAAACUCUUAUAAAAGGAUCUAUAUUAAGGUCAUCUUCUACACAUCUCUCCAUUGACCCUAUCCUUUCAUUUUGUACCCUUAUUUAAAUAUUGUGCUAAAUCAAUACAGAGGUAAUAUCUACAAAUUUUAUUUUUUCAUGCCAUUGUAUUUAUUUUAGUUUGAGUUUACAUUUGAUCAUUUUAGCUACCAUUUGAGCAGUAAGCUAUUUAUGGUUUGUGAACUUAAUUGUCACAAAAUCAAGUUAGCUCAUAUAAUGUAUUUUUCUUAAAUAGUUAUAAAAGUGAUUUCUGAUUCAAGCCCAGGAUACUGAAAGUGUGAGUUAUCUUAUUUUCUGUUCCCAAGAAGCAAACCUUUGAUUAGCACUAAUGUCAUGAGGAUCACCAUAGAAACUAAACAAACUUGAUUUUACAAGUACUGUGACAAUAUUAAUAUGGAUUUCAUUGUGAUCCCUUAGGCUUAUGAUUUUUAAUGACUCUUAUUGCAGCUCUCAUUCUUUAAAUAUAUGCCAGCCUCAUUACUCUUUAUAAUAAAACAAAUAUGCCGUGGCACUAAAUAAUGUUUCUAAAUGAAACUUAACUAAUUUUUUUUUUUUACAUAGUAUACUAUCUAUAAUUUAUUAACAGAUUUCAUCCCCAGUAGUAUUUAUUCAUUCUCUCUUUUGGAUGUUAAUGUUAACUUUCAUAUUAUAUAAUAGUUGAAUUUAUGUGAUCACAAAGCAGUUUUUAAAAAUUACCAAUGCCUCUGUUGAGAGUCAAUCUAAGGUAUGAAUGCUAAAAAUCAUGGAUAUUAGGAAAUUAUAAUCAUGUUUGAUCAUGUAUCUUUCUCAGAUUUAGUCAGCAUUAUUUUGGACCUUGAAAAUUAAAUAAUCCAUCUAUAAUCUCAGCCUAAAAUGAGUGACCUCAGGAAAAAUUAUACUUAUUUUGUAUAUAGAGAAUAUUGUAAGUGUUCUUAAUAGAUACUCUGAAGAUUCAUCUUUAUGAUUUAGUGAUUUGAUUUUAUUUCAUUUCUUUCCCCCAAUUGUUUGUCCUGCUUUCCAUUUUCAUUUUAAAAUUUGUGCAUCAGAGAAACUUUCACCUUAGUAAUUUUAGGAAUAGAAGAUGACUCCAUUAUCUUUUUUAAAAAUUGUCUUGUUGAGACAUCAGAGUAGCAAAUUUUUUAAAAUGUAUUUUAUCUGCCAACUCAUUUAAUAUAAUUCUGGUUUAUUUAUUACUAUUCUUUUUCUCCAUAGUCUCUUUGCCCUGGAAAAUUUUUAGCAAAAUUAUUAUGUGGUCUGAAAAAAUAUUUAAAAAUCAAACUCAUUGCUUGUUUAUUUUUUAGAAGAACUAGUUACCAAUGGUUCCUGGGUUUAUAUCAUGUUUAAAAUGAAAUAACUACAAUAUGAAAAAUGUGGCAAUUUUGAUUUCUGCUUUUAUUUUAAUUUAGGGUUUUGAUGGAUUUAUUUUGUUUUGUUUUUUUACUCAAGCAUAAUUUUGAGUAAUUCCAUAUGGAAUUCAGAAAGAUUGCAGAUUCCUGCUUGCUAGUAUUGGUGCCUAGAUAAUAUUUAAAAUGAGAGGUUUUUCAACAUUUUCAAAGAGAAAUUGGGUUAAUGGUUUUCUCAGCCUGUCUAUAUGUCUCUCUCCAAAUUCUCUUUCACAUUAUUUCUUACUGUAACUAAUAUAGCCUAAAACUUUCUAAGGGAGUUUUCUGAAGAGUUUUUGUCUCAGAGGUUCUAUAUUCUCUCUAACAGACAGUGCUUGCUGGCCCCUGCUGUGGAAAUAAUAUACCAAAUAUCUGGUAGGCUGUCCAGCCUAAGUUUGCAGAAAGGCACAUGUCUAACUCAGGUACAGAUGAGUUGUUCAAAUAACCAGCUAUGCUGUUUUGUUUUUUUUUUUUAAAUAACAAUUUAAAUGCAGUCACAUUCUUACCAGUAGUUCAUCCCAAAAAUACAUUUUUCCUGGGAUGAAGAGCAAAAAAAUCACAUACCUAUUCUUAAUAUCUUGAUAUUGUUAUAAUAAAUUAGUUUGCAAAAUGACAGAUUUGUGACUUAAUUUGUGAGAUUCGUUUUGGUUUAUUUUUAUAUAUAUAUAUUUUUUUUUCCUGAAAGAAAUUAGAUGUCUGAGUCCAAGAGAAGGCAAAAAAUACUUUUCUAUUACUUUACCUUGGACUAAUUCUGUAAGGGUUUCUGAAAAUCUAACAUACUGAAUUUACGAUAUGCUGCCUUACGGUACUGCGUGUAAACUUUGUUUUUCUACAAUAAAUCAAUAAAAAAAUUUA